AGGGGUUAAUAAAAUCCAAGAUUUCUUCAAAAUUACCCAAGUGCAAGUUAGCUUCUAGAAGAUAUCGAGAUGUUCCUGUUGGUUACAGACCUGUUCGUGUGGACUGGAAGGACCUCGAUAAAUGUAGUGUUUGCCACAUGGAUGAGGAGUACGAAAACAACCUGUUCCUGCAGUGUGACAAAUGCAGAAUGAUGGUCCAUGCAAGAUGCUAUGGAGAACUGGAACCUGUUGGUGGCGUAUUAUGGUUAUGCAACUUAUGUCGGCCUGGGGCUCCUGAACCUGCACCGCCUUGCUGCCUUUGUCCUGUAAUAGGGGGGGCAAUGAAGCCUACAACUGAUGGGCGCUGGGCUCAUCUGGCUUGUGCCAUAUGGAUACCAGAAACCUGCCUAUCUGAUGUUAAGAGAAUGGAGCCAAUUGAUGGGCUUAGUAGAAUCAACAAGGUAUUUCCUUUUUCACUUUUUAUGUUUCCGCACUAUUAUGGCCUCCUUCCUUUGUUCCCCUUCAGCCUCGUUUUUCCUUGACAUAUGUCACCUUUU